AUGCGUACAGAUCAGUUAAAACAACGUUAUAAUAAUUUGGCUGAUGAUGCUGAUUCAAAAAUUGCUAUUUGGGAAAAAGCACUGACUUUAGCCGAGAAUUUGUUAGAUGGACAGACUGAGUUAAAAAAACAUUUGGAAGAUGUUGAAGAAGACUUACAAAAUUUAUCUCAAGUUUCUCUAGAAGAACAAUUUCAAUUAAUUAGUACAAUAGAAUCAGAUUUGGGCCCAGCACGAGAACAAUUAGAAUCUAUUCAAUUAAUUAGUUGUGAACUUCAGAGAUUAACCACAGAAAGUAGAGCUAAUCAAUUGGCAAAAGAAAGUGCUGAAUUACUCAGAUAUUUUAAUUCUGUGGCAGAUACAGUUACUAAAAAGGCUGAAUUGUUGAGUAAAGCCGAACGCCAAUCUCGACUAAUUUUUGACGUUCUCGAUUUUUGGAUUGACUGGUUUAACGAAGUUCAAGAACAAAUAGUUAAUGCAGAAAAGCCGGCUGUAGAUAUAGAACAAUUAAAACAACAAUUAAAACAACAAAGGCAAUUAAAUGAUGAAAUAUCUUCUGAAAGAAACGGAUUGAGAGAUAUGAUUACUGAAGCUUCUAAAGUUGCUAGAGAUUUAAAUUUAACAUUGGGAGGGCAAGAAGGACAAGAAGCUUUAUUAACUAAAGUUGAAAGAACUAAGAAAAUGGCUGAAGAAACGGCUGAACUUGGAAGUGAAAGAACUGCUGAAUUAGAACAAGUAAAAUAG